UAGAAAAAAGCUAAAUAAAAUCAUAGCACACACAUCAACAAUGGAUGUCGCCAGCGCCGGAAAAUCUCAAGCUGGAAAUUCUGACUACGACCGUUUACAAGAACUGAGGGCCUUCGACGACUCCAAGGCCGGCGUCAAAGGCGUCGUUGACGCCGGCAUCACCAAAGUCCCGCAGAUUUUCCUCCGGCCGCCAGAAGAUAUCGCCACCGACGAACCAAUUUCCGGCGAAAGGACUCCGACCCAGUUCAGGAUUCCCGUAAUUGACCUCAAAAACGUUGCCGGCGACCGCUCCGGCGUGGUCGCCGGAGUCCGGCUAGCGGCGGAAGCGGUGGGGUUCUUCCAGGUGGUGAAUCACGGAGUACCCGUUAAGCUGUUGGACGAGAUGGUGGUGGCGGCGCGUGAGUUUCAUGAGCUGCCGCUAGAGUUGAAGGUGGAGUAUUAUAGUAGGGACAUGAAGAAGAAGGUGAAGUAUAGGAGCAACUUUGAUUUGUAUCAGUCCAAAUAUGUUAAUUGGAGGGACACCCUGAAAUGUGUCAUGGCACCUGAACCUGUUGAACCUCAAGAGUUUCCUCCAGUUUGUAGGGAUGUGAUAAUAAAGUUCUCAAAGCAAGUUCAGACAUUGGGGAACCUUUUAUUUGAAUUUUUAUCAGAGGCACUUGGUCUCAAUCCUAACCAUCUUAAGGAUAUGGAUUGCACAAAGGGACACUUACUUCUAUGUCACUAUUAUCCCUCAUGUCCUGAACCUGAACUAACUAUGGGCACUAGCAGACACUCAGAUCCUGACUUCCUCACAAUUCUGCUUCAAGACAACAUUGGUGGACUCCAAGUUUUGCACCAAAAUCAGUGGAUCGAUGUUCCCCCUAUUCCUGGAGCUCUUGUUGUAAAUAUUGGAGAUGUUUUACAGCUGAUAUCCAAUGACAAAUUUAAAAGUGUGGAGCACCGUGUUCUGGCAAAUCAUAGAGGGCCUAGAGUAUCAAUUGCAUGCUUUUUCACUCUUGAUCACUGUCCAUCCACAAGAAUAUAUGGCCCUAUCAAGGAAUUAUUGUCAGAAGAUAAUCCUCCAUUGUAUAGGGAGAUAUUAUUGCAAGACUUCAAUGCUCACUAUAAUAACAAAGGACUUGAUGGGAUUUCAGCUCUUGCCCAUUUUAAGUUACAAAGAUAGAUGUUGAAGAGAAAAACUAGAGUUAAUCCACAUGUAGUUCUAAAAAUAAGGUGCCAGCAUCAUGCAUAUGUAUUUGACUCAUACAAACAAGUAAUAAAGAUAUGUUAAGUGAUAUAAACAAGAUUGAGAU